AUGAUUGAGAGUGACAGAGAGCUGUCGGCCAUGGUGCAGGAGCUAUGGGACAAUGACAUCAACAGACUCAAGCCUGGGAAAGACUACAGGAUCUCUCUGCAGGGCAAAGCUGGAGACAGCAUGGCCAUCAAUGAUGACGACAACGAUGGAGCAGGAUAUCCUCUGUUUACAUUUGUCGAUGAGAACAUUUUCAAAAAGGAGACUUUUUUGGCCUUUAUCUCCCUGUUGGAUAACUACGAGAGUGACACCGGUGAGCCAGAAAUUGUAACCCCAGAAGAGGUGGCAGAGAACCACAAGUUCCUGGACUCCAUCAUUCACACUUCUACUAUGAAGAUAGCUCAUAAAUACCUGGUGGAGAAGAACCUCUCUCCAGCGGAUGACACAAAAUUCAAGGAGCAGCUGUACAGGAUCUGGUUUGAGCUUUAUGCAAGGAGAGGAUCCAGCAAGCCAGACUCCUCAGGGUUUGAACACGUGUUUGUUGGAGAGACAAGAGGAAGGCGGACUGUCAUCGGCUUUCACAACUGGAUCCAGCUCUACCUACAAGAAAAGCUGGGACACAUUGACUACAAAGGCUACAGUGUCAAUGCAAAUUCACCUAAGCCUGACGAGAACAAACACAUCCUGGCGCUACAGUUCAGCUGGAAGAAUGGCAUAAAGCCCAAAGGGAGCAUCUUCAUCGGCGUCAGUCCCGAGUUCGAGUUCGCGCUCUACACUCUCUGUUUCCUCAGCUCGCCCAACGAGCGUGUCAAAGUCCAGUUCAGUUUCUAUGACGUGGAGAUUGUUUGCCACCACUACAACCAAAAGCACAUAGGCACCACGUACCCUGUGCUCCUUAAGUACCAGAGCCCUCACUAA